AAUAAAAAUGGAGAGAGAAAAAAACGACAUGAAUCAAGAUUCAAAUGAAUGGCCAAGUUUAUCACAGUAUAGUGGUGGUGGUAAAAAAAACAACUUGACCACCACCAAGAAUAAUAAAGAUUUUCAUAUGCUCAUAAAACCGAAUAAUUCAUUCACGCCUAUCAAAAAUGACGAUAAAUAUUAUGACCGCCGCCACCACCACCAUGAUGGUGAUGAUAAAACAACAAUGAAACAAAAUAAAAAAAUGUCAUCAUCAUCACAUCAACCAAAUGAUUUGCCAGUUCAACAACAAUCGCCAUCAAUGAAAAAUGACAACAAACAAAAUUAUUGGUUUGGUGAUGAUGUUGUUGAUGAUGGUGAUGGUGAUGAUCUAGAUGCAAAUAACUUGCCCGAAACAGUAUCAAUAUUAAAAGUGGAUGAUAGAAGAAUUGUUUAUCUAGUUGGUACAAGCCAUUUUAGUAAAGCAAGUCAUCGAGAUGUCAGAAGGGUAAUCCGAAAAUUUAAACCUCAAGUUGUUGUAUUGGAACUAUGUCGUAGUCGUAUGUGUUUUUUAUCGAUGAGCGAAAAUGAAAUCAUGAAAGAAGCAAAAUCAUUGAAUUUUCGUAAGAUUCGUGAUUAUAUGAAAAAGCAUGGAUUUCUUCAAACAUUUAUCUAUACAUUAUUGUUAAGUGCUUCAGCUCGUGUGACCAAAGAUCUAGAGAUUGCACCCGGAGGUGAAUUUCGUAAUGCAUUCAAUGAAGCAUUAAAAAUACCCGGAUGUGUUGUUAUGUUAGGUGAUCGUCCAAUCGAUAUUACAUUAAGACGUGCUAUUGCAACAUUAACUACAUGGCAAAAGAUUAAGAUUACAUUUCAUUGUUUAUUUAAUUAUGAAAAAUUAAAAGAAGAAGAAUUGGAACGAUAUAAACAGAAAGAUGUUCUUGAACAAUUAGUGGAUGAAUUUUCUGCUGAAUUUCCAGGCCUUUCACGAGUAAUGGUCGAUGAACGUGAUAUGUUUCUAGUUGAUUCAUUACGAAAUGCAGCUAAAACAACACCACCGGAUAGUACAAUUGUUGGUGUUGUUGGUAUUGGUCAUGUAGCAGGUAUACGAGAUAAAUGGGAAACAGAAAAUAUUAAUGUUGAAGAACUUAUCAAAAUUCCUGUACAAAAACCAUCAAAAACAUUUAUAAUUAUCAAAUAUACAUUCUAUGGUGCCAUAGCUUAUAGUUUAUAUCGUUAUGUUAUUCCAAAUACGGUAAAAAAUUGGACCACAAAUAUUGUUCAUCAAUUAUCCAAUCAAAUUUCAAUGAAGUGAAAUAAAUGCAUAUCAUCUUUUUUUAUAUUCAAAUUUUAAAAA